GUGACGCAAUUCUCCUGCGACUGCACAGACCCGGAGCUUCCGUGCGGUGGCCACUUUCCCGCGUGAAAGCCUAGAGCUGCUACUUGUUGCCUGCGGCCUGUGACCUCGGCGCAAAAGGAAAAGCGGCGAGAUGACGGACCGCUACACCAUCCACAGUCAGCUGGAGCACCUGCAGUCCAAGUACAUCGGCACGGGCCACGCCGAUACCACCAAGUGGGAGUGGCUGGUGAACCAGCACCGCGACUCGUACUGCUCCUACAUGGGCCACUUCGACCUUCUCAACUACUUUGCCAUCGCAGAGAAUGAGAGCAAAGCGCGAGUGCGCUUCAACUUGAUGGAGAAGAUGCUGCAGCCUUGCGGACCGCCAGCCGACAAGCCCGAGGAGAACUGAGGCUGCCUUAUCACUGCCGUCCCGGAGCACCUCUCCCGGCGUCCCUCCCUUUUGCCCGCCCUCGAAUAUUCCUGCCUUCGGUGGACCGUGUCUCCAUGGCUGCUGCUUCUCGCGCUUUCCGUGCACGGAAGUGCUUGCCCGGGGGUGCCGUGCCUGACCUGCCUUUGGAACGCAGCACUGGGAGACCAUCAGGACCCCCGAGAACUGUGCCAGUGGAGAGAUGCUAGAGCUGGCAAACGUUAGGGAGGACGGCACUGGAGUGAGACGGGAUUUGGAGCCUCGUUUUUGCCUAGUUGAUUGUCGUUGUUGCUUUUUCCAUAAAGUUUAGAAAUUGGUCAGUG